AUGGAAGUGCAUGUUUACGUGUGUCUCUGUGUGGGGGUGUGCGUGGGCGAAUAGUGGUGGGAUGGGCUGAAAGUGGGGAUCUCUGGAGGGAGGCGUGUGAAUGGCCUGUGUUUGCACAUGUCAGAUCGUUGUCUUCUAUUUAUAAUCUUCGCUGCAGAGACUGGGGAAACGCUGCACGUGUGGGUUUUAAGGUUUCAAAGAGACCACUGUCUUGUUUGAGGUGAAAGGGCUGGGACUCGGAAACAGGCCGAGGUAUGAGGCCGAGCCUGUGCCACCAUCACCAUCAUUUCUUUUGUUCAAUGUAUCCUGUUCUUAUCAUUACUUUUUCUUUUUUUAACAAUAAAUAUUCUUCUGUUUAUAUGUGUCAUUUUGUAAAAUUUUCCCAUUUGCAACCUGUAUACCGCUUCAUUGUUUGUAUUUUUGUGGCCUAAUUUCAAGGAGGUGCAGGUGACUAGACUUUUUUUUUUUUUUUUUUCUUUUACAUGCCAGUAUGCACCUAGCUUAGAGAGGACUGUUGCAGUGCUUCCUAGGAGGUGUUGCACACUGCUUCUGCUUGUGUGUUCCCGAGGCCGUGCUGCAGCAGCACAGGGCUUUAUGUUUGGUGACCGGAACCAGCUGAAACCGGUUUGAGGCAGACGGAGGGCUGACGGGAACAAUGCCGCCUCUGUGCUCCACGGGGAUAGAGAUAGCCGAGGCUGCUCCAUGGCAGCCCUCCUUAGCUCAGCCCCUGGCUAACAUGGCACAGGCCCUGCUGCUGUUGCUGCUGCUGCUGCCGCUGCUGCCGCUCACGCCGUCCCCGUACGCUGCUGCCUGGACGUUGGAGCGCUAUGCAGCAUGGCUCACUGUUCGGGGAGCAGGGAGAUCUGGGAAGAGACGAGGGCAGGGGGACGUGGCUGCCUGGAAGUCUAUGAAUCUGCAGCACACACACACACACACACACUCACACACAUAAACAGGAGCAUGAUCUAUCUGUCUGUUAAUAUGUCUCUGUGCUGCUAGAGGUGCAGAGAAUGACUAAGGACGAUCCAUACCAGGACCAACACCACCACUCACCAGAUCCCUGGCUGUAACCUGACUCUUUAUUCGGGGCCUUUGCGUGGUUGGGAAGAAACAAGGCUUUUUUUUUUUCCCAGGCAGGGUGGGGUGGAUGUCUUUUGAGGGUUAGUAGUGUUGUGACUCUAUUUGUUGCAGGAUGGAAGGAAGGAAGGAAAGAAGGUUUGGCUAGUGGCUGGAGAGGGACGGAGGCUAAGAGGGCGAUCUCCUCACGGGAACAGGAGCAGGAACAUGGGAGAUAUGAAGACGCCGGACUUUGACGACCUGCUGGCCGCCUUCGACAUCCCUGACAUGGUGGAUCCUAAAGUCGCCAUUGAAUCUGGCCACCAAGACGACCAUGAUGGACAACCCAAGCAGCCCACUAGUAGUAGGGCAACGACCAAUGAAGACAAGGCCCACAACCCAUCAACAGCGCAUGACAUUGGCGUUAGUGUCAUUGUUAAGAACAUCCGAAGUGUAGACACUAGUGAAUAUGGUGGAACUGUAUCAGAGAAGGAUGGGCCUGUCCACUCCCGUUGCCUCUCCCAUUUUGUUGGCAAUGGACUUUACAAUGGCUUCCUGCCUACAAUACUACCCAGUGUUAAUUAUAGCAAGAAUGGAUGGAAAUCUCGCAGAGAGGAAGGACAGAUAAUGAUCAACCAGUCAUCUACCUUCAAUCAGUUCAGCCCAAUCUCUAGUGCUGAAGAAUUUGAUGAUGAUGAUGAUAAAAUUGAGGUAGAUGACCCUAUGGAUAAGCAGGGUGGUAAGACUUUCUUUAAGCCUAAGAGGGAAGACCGGAGUCCCAAACCUACAGUAGUGGAUUGUGUGUCUAAACCCAGAACAAAAAGAGGUCAAAAACCAGAUAAAAAUAACAACAACAACAACGACACUGUCACUGGUUGUAAGUCCAACAAUCCAUCUCAAAUAACUCUGCACGAGGAGGAACUCAAGGACACUGUCCUCAAGUCUCAAAGUAAAGAGUGCAGGGAAUCUGAGGAAUCAUCCGGACUUGCUAAUGUGACCAGCGUCCCACAGGUAACAGCUAAGUCCUCUACAAAACUUUCCUCUUGUAUUGCAGCCUUAGCAGCACUCAGUGCCAAAAAGGCAAGUGCUGCAGAUCUGGGUGGUCCGGACUCUCCAGCAAUACAGACCAGUGAAAACCCCAGAGCUACAGAGAAGGAGCAAGAGUCAGUAAAGAGGCAGCUGGCUGUACAGCUGGACAGUCCAUCUAGUUUCACCAGUGAAGGCAGCAGCAAAGGUUCCCCGGCCUCCACCACAGACACCACCCCAGUCAUCCCAAAAGUUAGGAUCAAAACAAUCAAAACCUCAUCUGGACAAAUCAAACGAACUGUCACACGAGUCCUCCCAGAGUUUGAUCCUGAGGGUCAGAAAAAAGGAGAGAAUAGUCCAACAGUCAUGGCAACCGCCAGUGCAAUAUUCUCAUCAACCUCAAGUCCCUCUUUGCCAGCGACAGUAGUGGCCACCACAGGAGGUCCUUCAAUCGAAAUAACCAAGCAAAUGACUAUUAAACCCGUAGCAACGGCUUUCCUGCCAGUCUCAGCAGUCAAGACAGCAGGUUCACAAGUCAUCAACCUAAAGCUGGCGAACAACACAACAGUCAAAGCAACAGUCAUCCCUGCUUCAUCGGUGCAAAGUGCCAGCAGUGCCAUCUUGAAAGCUGCUAACGCCAUCCAGCAACAGACUGUCAUGGUACCUGCCUCCAGCCUGGCAAAUGCCAAACUUGUGCCAAAGACAGUCCAUCUUACAAACCUCAAUCUUCUGCCUCAGACAGUAUCCUCUGCUGCCUGUGAUCUCCAAAAGGUGCUGUCCUCCAAACAGCCCCAGAAUCAACAAUCCCAAGUCAAACAGCAGAUGAUUCUCGCAGGCCAGGCCUCAAAGAAAGUCUCCAGGGUUCAAGUUUUCACAAGCUCUCAAAGCUCUGUGGUGGAUGCCUUCAACAAAGUCCUGAGUAGCAUGAAUCCUGUGCCUGUGUACGUCCCAAAUCUCUCUCCGCCAACGUCAGCCUGUAUCAAUCUACCAUCGCGUGGCUACAAGUGCCUGGAGUGUGGAGACUCAUUCGCGCUCGAGAAGAGCCUGACACAGCACUACGAUCGUCGCAGCGUGCGGAUCGAGGUCACCUGCAACCACUGUGCCAAAAGUCUGGUGUUCUACAACAAAUGCAGCCUCUUGUCUCAUGCUAGGGGCCACAAGGACAAAGGGGUAGUCAUGCAGUGCUCACACUUGAUCCUAAAACCCAUCCCCGCAGACCAGAUGAUCAGUACAUCAACUUCAUCAGGACCACCGAAUGCAAACAGCACCACCUGCUCCACCUCCUCCUCCACCUCUCAAGCACAGACACCUACAAGUCAAAGCCAGCGGAAAGUUUCAGGCGGUGGUGGACCCAAAACUGCAGUGAUUUCAGCCCCUUGCAGUGCUCCUCUUGUAGCAGCCAUGCCAUUGGAGGAUGAUGCAUCAAAGCUCUGCAGGCACAAUUUAAAAUGCUUGGAGUGUAACGAAAUGUUCCAGGAUGACAGCUCACUAGCCAUGCACUAUCAACAAGCGCUGGAGUCCAGUAGUCAGAAAACGUGCACUAUUUGCCAGAUGCUUCUCCCAAACCAGUGCAGCUUUCUGUCACACCAGAGAAUCCACCAGCACAAGUCUCCUUAUAUCUGCCCUGAAUGUGGUGCCAGCUGCCGCUCCGUCCACUUCCAGUCGCACGUCACCAAGAACUGUUUGCAUUACACCCGGAGAGUCGGCUACCGCUGUGUCCACUGUAGCGUGAUCUUUGCUGAUCUGGCGACUCUGAAGUCCCACAUCCAGAGUACACACUGCGAGGUCUUCUAUAAAUGUCCUCUCUGCCCCAUGGCCUUCAAGUCUGCGCCUGGAACACACUCGCACGCGUACACACAACACCCAGGAGUGAAGGCAGCAGAACCCAAGGUGAUCUAUAAAUGCUCCAUGUGUGACACAGUGUUCACCCUGCAGUCACUGCUCUACACACACUUCGACCAGCACGUCGUUAAUCAUAAGGUUUCAGUGUUCAAAUGUCCCGACUGUUCCAUGCACUAUGCACAGAAACAGCUCAUGUUGGACCAUAUCAAGGCCAUCCACGGGACCCUGAAGACCGUAGAGGGUCCACCAAACUUGGGAAUCAACCUUCCUCUCAGCACAAAGCCCACUAAUGCUAACAGAGCCAACAGCCCCCCAAAAAACAUCAACAAAGAUGGAGGAGGCGUCAAGGGUCAAGACAAGGGAGACAAGAAGCCUUCACCGUCACCGCUGAAGAAGACCAGCUGUUCGGCAGACGGGAAGAGCCCUGGUGGCUCAGGAUACAAAUGUGGAGAUUGUGGCAGCCUCUGUAGUUCCAGGGAGCUGUUUGUGGCGCACAUGAGGCGAGAGCAUGGCAAGAUACUGAAGAAGCAUCCGUGUCGACAGUGUGACAAGUCAUUCAGCUCAUCCCACAGUCUCUGCAGACACAACCGUCUCAAGCAUAAGGGUCUGAGGAAGGUCUACAGCUGCUCGCACUGUCCAGCUCUGAGUCAGCCCUUUAGUAAAAGAGUGCUGCUGGAUCAGCACAUUAAGCUGAUGCACGGCGUUAAAGAUGGUGGAGGAAAGACUGUUAGCCCUGAAAAUAUGGAGGCUCCAUCAGACAUGGAAAAGAGCCCAAAAAGGAAGGCAGACGAGGCCGAGGGCUCUCCAGGCCUGACCUCCAGAGGAUCCGACUCACAGCCGCUGAAGCGGCUCAAGGUGAACAUCCUCAAAGUUCACAAGUGCGCCGGGUGCGGCUUCACCACUGAAGACAUCUCCGCCUUCCACGAGCACAUUCCCCAGCACAAGACCGACGGCUCCUCCUACCAGUGUCAGGAGUGCGGCCUGUGCUACACCUCCCACCGCUCGCUGGCCCGACACCUCUUCAUCGUCCACCGGCUGAAGGAGCCGCAGGGCCUCGCCCGAUACAACGGGCGGGGCAGGGAGGACGAGGAGAGUCAAAGGGAGAACCAGAUAGACGUCACGGACGAGAACGACGACGGCACGCCCAGCACCAAAUGCAAGGUGUGCGGGAAGACGUUUGAAACGGAGGGACAUCUGAAUACUCACAUGAGGACGCACGGGAUGGCGUUCAUCAGGUCGAAGAGACUGAGCAAGGCCGAAAAAUGAGAGCGGGACACUUUUAAACCAUUCCAUGACAAAAAAAAACUGCAAAAAUCAUACGGUUCUUUAAACCUGCAGUACCUCCGACGGACGGCUGUAGAUGUACAUACAUAUACAAACAAAAAUAUGUAACAUACAACAAAGCAACUUUAUGUGUCUUUCAGUAAAAUGAGAAAAAUAGUUUUUUUUUUUACACAUAUAGAAGUUCCUAUAGGCCUUGAAUUGAGUCUUUUAUUUUAGACUUUCCAUUGUUGUAAUGUAUGAAUAUGUUGUUGUAAUGGGAUUAAUCCUCAUAAUGGCAGCAGCGGUCUGAAUGUUCCAUGCUGCUAACGUCCGACAGAUGUCUGGUUGAGAAAUAUAUGGAACUAUGGGAGCUCCGAGUUUCCCCCCGGGUGUGCAGGUUUGUUGCACCGACUUCUUUUAGCUUUUCUAAAAUAAGACCCUAGAUCUGGUCUCACAACGCACCCAUAAACGACAGAUCCCGAACGAAAUCUCCGCAGGGAAUUUGAGCUAAAGCAGAACAUUCAGUUUCAGUAGAUUUCAGGACAAUCAAUUGAAGGCGACGCCUUUCAUCCACCUCAUCCUCACGCCGCCUUAUUAACGUUAUCGCCAUUUUACAUAUCACGUACACAGCGAUAUAUAGCAGAAGUGUUUAGAGUUGAAGAUGAUUACAUUAUUCUAUCUUUAGAAGACAAAACAUGUGGGCCAAAUUUGCUUUUUAAAAAGUAUUUUGUAAAGGAUUGUGAGUCUUUUUUAUGCUGGCGUUUCAUUCCUGUCUUAAUAUACUAUAAAAAUGGCAGCUCUUUCAGAUUACAAGUCACUUAAAAGUAUUUAUAUACAUGAGUAUUUAAAAUAUAGCACAAUAGCAAUACAGUUGUAAUAAACCUGUAUGAUAUCACUAUAUCAACAUCAUCUAAUUUUCUGCUUUUUACAAUUCGUCAGUCUAUUUUAUUUUUUUUUUGACAGAUAUUACACUGGGGAAAAGUUGCAUGAAUGUAAACAUUGCCGUAAGUCUGAAUCAGGAGACGGCACGUUCAAUUAAACACCGUCUCAAGAGAGUUUUUAUUUUUCCGUUGCUUUCUUUGUUCUGAGCUUUCCCAGGAGACGUCCAAUCAGUUUAUUUCUUAUCCCCCUUCAGCAAUGAUAAGAUUCUAAGUGUCUUGCACUGUAAAGCUGCAUGCGAGAAGAAGCAGUCUGUGAAUUGUUCGUCGAUUAGAGCGUGUCUUGCUGCUGCUGCCGCUGCUGCUGCCACUUUUAGACUGUUCCGACGCUUGUGUACAAAGUUGUUCUCUAUGUCAAUAAAUGAUGAAAACUGCCAGGAGGAAGGUGACAACUGCA